AUGACUACUAUCAAUAACAACACUCCAGCGCAUGCAUCACAUGCUUAUUUAUUCAAAAAUGGUUAUGGAAUGAUUGUUAAAACAUUUGGAUUUCCCUCAAACAACAAAACAAAUGGUCAAUGUAUCGAAUUAAUGGACCCACCAUCAAAUCCAACACAUGGAACAUUUUGGAUACAGUCAUUAUCCAAUAAAACUUCCAUUACUUCUGUUCGUACAAAAAAAACAAGAAAAAUUAUUGACAAAGAAUGUUUUAGUGUGGAAGAUUUAGUUGAAGCUAAUGUAGGAGAAAAUGUUGAAAUUCUUAUUAGCGAUGAUGUACGUCAAACCAAAGAAUGGAUAACGGGUAAAAUAAAAUCGGUUAAACGAUUUCAACAAUCAUCUGGCGAUGAAGAUACAGAUGGUGCAUUACAAUGUUGUCAUACUGAUCCCAGCAUACCAUCAUCAAGUAACUUACAUUCGUCUCAUAAUCAAUCCGGUAGUCUCGUUCUAUUUGAAACGGUUGAUAACGGUUUGUUAGGAUUAACUCUAGCAAGUAUUAAAUUAAUUCGUGGUGCAACAUUGAAGACAACAUACCCACACAGAGUCUUCAAAAAUUGUUUAUCAAUUGAUUAUAAAAAUGAUUCUGGUUCUAAUGAUACAGGCUUAAUGAAAUAUCUUACAUAUGGUAUUACAUGGGCACCUUCAUACAAUUUAGUACUUUUAAAUUCAAAUGAUCCUUCUAUAAAAAGAUUACGUCUUUCAUCAAAAGCUGUGAUUCUAAAUGAUAUUGAAAAUAUGACUGUUGAUAAUCUAUUUUGUAUUGUUGGAUUUCCAAAUAUAUCAAAAUUUGCUUCAGUUAUUGAUCCAAUAAUUAGUGGAGAUGAUGUGAAAACCUUUCUUAAUAGUCUACAACAAUCUGAAGCAACAUCCGGCACAGGACAAUCUCAUAGUAUGUUGAAUUCAGUAAUGUCACAGCCUACAUAUACCCCACAGAUGGCACAGCUUCUAUUUGCCCCACAGAUGCCAACUAAUAUUUCUAUUCCGGAUGAUACUUUACAAGACGUGAAUGUUGAUGAUCUUCAUUUAUAUGAAUUUAAAAAUAUUUUAUUACAAAAAAAAGAACGUUUGAUGUUACCAAUCUUUGACAUAGAAAUACCUUAUAAAGAUGUUUAUCAUUGUAAAAUUAAUUUAUUACAGUCUGCAUAUAUUCAGUUAGGAUCUAGUGAAAAAAAAACAUUCGAAGAAGUAUGGCAUAGCGUUGAAUUUGAAAACAUAACAAAUUUUGUUUUAACAACAGCUCCAAUUGUAGUAACAAAAGGUGAACAAGAACAACAAUUUAUCGGUCAAGAUACAUUAACAUAUACAUCAAAAGGAUUAACAGCUUUUGUUAAUUUAACAAAAGCACUCGAUGUUCAAAUACAAGCAGAAGAAAACGUAUUGAGUACAAAUCCAAAACGAUUUAAAAUCGGACGUACUAGUUUCCAAACAGAUAAUAUCGAAGGAAAGAUAUCAGUUGUCAAUCGUAAAACAGAAACAAUAGUAGUUGUUAUUAAUGUAGCAUUAUCGGGAAAAAUAACUAAACAUUCAGUCGAACCAAAAAAAGAUGUGAUUAAAACUCAUCAACAUUUUACUAAUGAACAACAUGAUAUACGAUGGGAAGUCACUGUUGAACCUAAACAAACGCUAGAUAUUACAUAUGAUAAAAUUUAUAAUAAAUACGUGUAA